GGAGCGCCCGCAGCUCGCCCGCCUCGCCGCCCGCUGUCAGCGCAGCCCCCGCCGCGCCCCGCCUCGGCCGCGGCCCAUGCCCGCCGGGCCGCCGCUCCUCGCAGCCAGGCAGCGCGUCAGCGGCCUCGCCGCGGGGCGGAGGGCAGGCCCGGACCACCCCCCCCCCCCCCCGCCCCGGUUCUCCACACACACACACAGCAGACCCUGCCUUCACUCUCAAGGGGCUGGAGACCUCUCACCGAAGUUCACUCAUCUAUGAUGUAAAUGCCUACUUCUGAGGAUAGGAAGCUUGAGAAAGAAUUCACACUGGAUGAAAACAAUUUUCUGAAGCUGGGUAUAUUCCAGGAACUGUAACCCAAAUGUUUCUCUGUCCGUGGAGAAGAUUUCACGUUUGAAAUAACUUCUACUGAAGCUAGUUGUGUCCCAUCAACAUGUUCUGGAAGUUUGAUUUGAACACAACAUCACAUGUGGACAAGCUGCUGGAUAAAGAAGAUGUGACACUUCACGAGCUGAUGGAUGAAGAUGACAUCUUACAGGAGUGCAAGGCUCAGAACCGCAAGCUGCUGGACUUCCUUUGCCAGCAGCACUGCAUGGAGGAGCUGGUCAACCUCAUCACACAUGAGCCCCCUGUGGAUAUGGAUGAGAAGGUCCGCUUCAAAUAUCCAAACACAGCCUGUGAACUGCUGACCUCGGAUGUGCCGCAGAUCAACGACAAGCUAGGAGGGGAUGAAACUCUGCUGAACAUCCUCUAUGACUUCUUGGAUCACGAGCCUCCUUUGAACCCUUUGCUUGCCAGUUUCUUCAGUAAGACUAUUGGAAAUCUCAUUGCAAGGAAAACAGAACAGGUGAUUGCGUUUUUAAGGAAAAAAGACAAAUUUAUUAGCCUGGUGCUAAAGCAUAUAGAUACAUCAGCAAUGAUGGACCUCCUGCUUCGUCUGAUCAGCUGUGUGGAGCCCGCAACUCUACGGCAGGAAGUACUGAAUUGGCUUAAUGAAGCAAAGAUAAUUCAGAGACUUGUGGAACUGAUCCAUUCAAGCCAGGACGAGGACAGGCAAUCAAAUGCUUCCCAGACCCUGUGUGAUAUCAUAAGAUUGAGCAGAGACCAGAGCAAUCAACUCCAGGAUAUACCUGAGCCUGAUCCACUUCUCACAGCACUGGAAUCACAGGAAUGUGUGGAGCAACUCCUGAAGAAUAUGUUUGAUGGAGAGCAGACUGAAAAUUGCAUAGUGAACGGAACACAAGUUCUUCUAACAUUGCUGGAAACGAGGCGCUCUGGGGUGGAAGGACUGAUGGACUCAUACACUCAGGGAUUUGAAAGGUCUUACACUGUCAACAGCAGCAUCUUACAUGGUAUUGAACCACGGCUAAAGGACUUCCACCAGCUGCUGCUCAGCCCGCCCAAGAAAACAGCAAUCCUAACUACAAUUGGUGUCUUGGAGGAGCCGCUGGGGAACGCUCGUCUUCACGGAUCUCGUCUAAUAGCUGCUCUGCUUCACACAAACACUCCCAGUAUUAAUCAGGAACUAUGCAGACUCAGUACCAUGGAUUUAUUACUUGACUUAUUUUUUAAAUACACAUGGAAUAACUUUUUGCAUUUCCAAGUGGAAUUGUCCAUAGCAGCUAUUCUCUCACACUCUGUGCAAGAGGGAAAAACUACUACUAAUGACCUAGAAAGCAAAGAAGAGGUGCUGAAUGGAAAUGUGGCCACAGAGAUCUCAGAGACUCCAGAAAACAAUACCGAGAAUAUCAUGGUUACUCAUCUGUUCCAGAAAUGCUGCCUAGUGCAAAGGAUAUUGGAUGCCUGGGAAGCCAAUGACAAAAUACAGGCAGAAGGCGGAAUGAGGCGAGGCAAUAUGGGCCACCUCACCCGGAUAGCCAAUGCUGUAGUGCAGAAUAUGGAGAAGGGCCCGAUGCAGACUCAAAUUAGUGAGUUCAUUAAAGAGCUACCUGAAGAUUGUAGAGGGAGAUGGGAGAGUUUUGUAGAAGAGACGCUGACGGAAACAAACAGGAGGAAUACAGUGGAUUUGGUGAGCACUCACCAUCUGCACUCUUCCAGUGAGGAUGAAGACAUUGAGAGUGCUUUUCCCAAUGAACUUUCUCUCCAACAGGCCUUCUCUGAGUACCAGAUCCAGCAGAUGACAGCUAACUUUGUGGAUCAGUUUGGCUUUAACGAUGAGGAGUUUGCAGACCAGGAUGAUAACAUCAAUGCUCCCUUUGACAGGAUCGCAGAGAUCAACUUCAAUAUAGAUGCAGACGAUGACAGUCCCAAUGCUUCCCUCUUUGAAGCCUGCUGCAAUGAGCGGAUCCAACAGUUUGAUGAUAAUGAGGAGGAAGAAGAUAUCUGGGAAGAGAAGGAGAUAACCUAUGCAACCCAAAUUAAAUCAAGAACACGAUUUGGAGCAUCUCAGACCUCAGAGAGUUCGUCAAAAAGUGAUCUUGAGAAUGGAGAUCAUGAUGGCAGCGUGGACUCUGAAGAAGAGGAGGAAACAGAACAGCAGCCGCCUCCUUCCUCAGCAAACAACAACAAGAAUAAUACUUCUGAGCAGAAAGACUCUGACUCCUCUGAAGGGUCUGGAUGGACGGCUGUGUUCGAGCCCGUGAACUCGAAGCCCCCCGCACCCUGUGUUGCCAUGGACGUUGGAUCGAGCGUUUGGGAUUCAGCAGCCGCGGAGCACAGCGCGCCGGAGGAGAAGGGGUGGGCAAAGUUCACAGACUUCCAGCCUUUCUGUUGCUCAGAAUCAGGUCCACGAUGCAGUUCUCCUGUCGACACGGAAAGCAGUGAUUCAGACGGAAACCCGAAGCAGAGUCAGGACAAGAACUUCAGCGCUGCCUCUCCCUGUGUUUGGAACGUCUGUGUCACGAGGAAAGCGCCGCUGGUGGCCUCAGACAGCAGCUCCUCUGGAGGCUCCGACAGCGACGAGGAGGAGGAUAAAGCUGGUAUCGUCACGGAAACCAUCAGCACGGGCUCAGGCCAGGAGACCAUCAAGCUGACUAUGGAUGCUAAAAACGAGAAGGCUGUUUUCACCAGCGAUGCAGACUGCAUGGUUAUUGAUAAGCUGGCCAUCACUGACAUCGGAACGACAAAAGCAUCCAAACCCCUGAACAGCGUGGCCCAGCGCUCGGAGGAGCUCCAGAACACGGCCGCGGUCGUCACAGCCGUCACGGAAACGGCCACAAAAGACAGGAAAGAAGAAGUCUUGCCCUGUGCUGAAGCCACAUUAAAUGGCCCUGCUUGAUGAAACAGAUGCAAUGGGACGUGUGUGAUCCAGGCCAGGCUGCUACCUGGUGAUGCAAUUUGUCAAUUUUUUUUUUUUUUUUUUCAUUUUAAUUUUAUUUUUUAAUAAAUGCUGCAUUGAUGAGAGAGCUGGCAUUCAGGACCAGACACGCAGUUUCAACACCAACAAUCUGUUCUGAAAGACACUUGCAUUGUCUAAAUGUAGCAUUGAUCAGUUAGUCAUCACAGGAAUGAUGGGGUUCUUCCCCAGCAAGCCUUCUGCCUAAUUUUAGUUCCUUGUCCCCUUCCCUCUCUCCCUUGUUUUUGUUUUGUAUUUGGGGUUCAGUCCUAUUUUCUUAGUGUUAUUGCACACAGUAUUCAGCUUCUCUUCAGAAAGGUAGCAGGUCUAACGCUGGGACUUGGACAGUGCACAAGAGUCCCGCAGUCGUGUGACCAAAGUUCCUGAUGGAGCUGUCUUUGGGCAGCAUUUGCACCGCUUUUGUAUAGCAAUAAAGCCUUAUCAGAAACAUUUCAUAGGAGGAAAAGAUGCAAACACUUUAAAUGGGAUGAAGCAGGGAGGGAUUUUAUUUUACGUUUCUGUGGGGUGGGAGGGAAGUCCUUGGCGGUGUCCCAAGCCAGAGGCCACGUAGCUAACCUGCUGUAAUGCUGAACUGUCCUGAGGAACAGGAGGCCUCUGCGGUGCGGUGAAUUGCUCAGUGCUCUCUCCUCUGGAGACGUGACAGUUCGCUGCAGGUUCUUGGCUCAGUUAGCAGUUGGUCUCUUGAGUCCGAGCCAUCAAAACUCAACCUCCGGGAUGUCGUCCUCCCUUGGCUGGGGAGUAUGCACAGAAGGUAGCGUGUUGUUUGCCAGCUAAGAGGAUAACGAUCCACUGGACUGCUGCCCUGCAGGAACGAGAGCAGAUAUGGCACAAACAGGUUAUCGGGUGUUGGCUGGCUUUUUGGAGACUGAUGUAUUUUCAAAUUACUAUGGGAAUCCUUUUCUGUUUGUUUUGUUCUGUUUUUAAAGUUUUUAAUGGAUGCAGGAACAGCAACACUUUUGCACUUUGUACCUAGUGACAACAUUGGAGAGGGAAAUGGCCCCAGCACGGGACUCCUGCCGUUACACCCCCGGUGGUCGGUCACGGAGGAGUUUGGGGGGGGGGGGGGGAGGUCAGCUGGAGGUGUGUGCUCGACCCCGGGGCACGGGACCUUCUGCGUGGGCUGAAGGACCCGCUCCCGUACAGACCGUACGGGCCUCAGGCGCAGGCCUGCGCCGCGCGGUGCCGGCCUGGGCGCUGAGCUGCUUCCCAGGCCGGGCUCGGGCGCGCGGCUCGCGCGGGGGUGGGUGUUGGGCCACCUGCAGAAGCAGGCGUGGGCUGGUGGGGGCAGAUCGCCGGGACCGGUGCUCCGGCGCUCACUGCCUACCCCCCGGGUCUAGCCACAGAGCCGGGCCGGCUUUUGUGUGUAAGCUGGGUGCUGAAGCCCACCUGUCAGAUGCUAAACGCCGCUUAUUUUAUUAGUCCAGGACCUAAGCUGGAAAAUCAUUCACUUUGGAAUAAAAGCAUGAAGCUUGACACAUAGGUAGCCAAACAGCGUAUUUGCAGAUAUAUUCUCACUUGUGCGUAACGAGGGACUUUACCCUGUGAGUAUGAAAAAGUACCUCACACAGAUCUGUUGUUACGAGCAAAGGCAUCCUAGCCAGACUUCAGUCUUUUUAAAAAGUACUUUAUUUUUAACUGUGACAUGUAUGUAGUGCAUAUGAAAUUUUCUUAACUGCGUUGAGAGGUGGGGUGGGGUGGGGGGAGUGAGGUGAACAAAACGUUUUCACUGUUAGAGUCAGUCUGUUCUGCUGGAUCAGUAUCCGACGGUGACGUACCCGCAGCACGAGGUUACCCUCGUGUGCCCAAAGAUAACGUACUUUCAUUUCUGCGUUUAGGGAAAACUGAGAAUUUGCUUUGCUGGGAUACCAGAUACGGAGGCUGCAGUGCAGAAAGCAGGAUGAGAUUACUGCGUGCAUCUUGAAGUUGUGUGCUGGGGUUGUGGGCCCCUGGGAUGCUGCUGACAGAGCUGUGAUUUCUCUCAGCUGCAAUUUCUCGGCAAGCAGGUGCUUUCAUGGGACAGUACUGUUGUUCUGGAAGUCUUCUCACUCACUCCUUGUGAUGUAAAAGAAAUAAUUUAAAGUUACAUUGCGCUGGGAGGAAGAAAAUCUCACUUUCUGCUUUUGUUACCUUGCUUGCUAGUUGGAGAUCAAUCCCACUCAUCCGGGAUUAUCGGAAACGAUUAGUGGGUUUGAGUUCCUAAUUGGAGACACGUUAAAGUCUUAAUUUUCAGAGGAUUGGUGCUAGAGCUUUUCUGAAAAUCAGGUUCUCUUCGGGCAUUCUUUAAACACCCAAACCCAAUACAAUGAAAACCAAGAAAUCAUUCAUCUUGUACAAAAUGAGCGCAGCUUAUUCCAGCAGCUGGUUGAAGCCCGUGACUGGGCCUCGGUCCCGUUGAGUACCGGGCGAUGGCAACAGUUCUCUCCCAGCACGGUUCCUGACCGUGGUGCUUGCAGGUUCUGCUGUGCUACGAUUAUGACCAAGUCCAUUUAGGAUCAAGAGAUUAAGGGGAAAUGGCCAGAGCGGGCACAAUUUGAUCGUCCUUCUGGCUCGAUACGCUUUCAGCCACCUUGUUAAACAGAGAAACGAUCUUGGCACCUUACGUCACCUCGGGCCGUGCUGGCUGGCGGUGCAAGAAUUCCGCUGAGCUGUACCCGCCGGAUCCGCCGGCGGUGCGCUGCUCGGGGGAGCAGUUACCUCCCCCCGAAAAGCGAUACAGAACAGCGGGCAGCAACAGCAUCCUGGAGUGUGUCAGGGAGAGAGGCAAGGGCGUGUCUGUCUGUGCCUUUCGUGGCAGGUUCUGAACUUGUAGUUGGUUAGCUUUUGGCUUCGAGUCUAUCAAUUGAAAUGAAAGCUUUAAUAAUGUAUUUAAACAUAUCCAGUAAGAAGAUCCAGACCCACAGGUUGGUUGCUGGGGGACUCCUUAUCUUAGGUUAUUAAUUUGAUUACUUGUGUCCAGUUACUUUUGUGCUAAGACAUUUUACCGGUAGUUGACUAGAUUUGUAGAAAUGCACAAGCUCUCUUGCUUUUGUGACAGUGAAUGAUUCCUCCGCCUUUGGGAUUUAAGCUCGGAAUUAGACCCCGUCGCUCCCGUGUUGGCUGGCUUCACACCGGCCGGCCGGCUGAUCUAGAAGUUCCCCGUGCUCGGUAUCUGGAGUUUGCGGUCCACAACAGAUCCCGAGUCAGAUGAUGGGUUCCUUGCCCAGCUCGGAUGAUUUCCUAGGUAAAAUGUGCAUAAAUGUCUGUCUCUUGGUAAGUCUGAGCUUCCCAGCUGUCUGGAGUCAGGGUGCAGUGGAGGUUGGAGGGUCCCAGUGCCUGGAGCCUGUGGCCCCCCGGUCCCCGGCGCUGCCCGGGUGGCUGCUCGGGGUGGCAGCGCGGGGCACGCUGCCUGCUGCGCGGCUGGCUUCCCUCCUCCCGAGGCAGCCCUGGGGAAGGACUGGCGCCCGAGGCUGGGGCGGGAGGUUUUGUCUGCUGAAAAGGGAUUUACUUAAGCCAGCUGCACCCAUUGAAAAACCCCUCGGCUUGCUUAGAUACUUGGUCAGAAAGCAGUGAAGACUAAACCGAUGUUCUGUUCGGCACCGUCCUUCCUCAUUUAUGUGCAGUAUUUUGAAUCUGUCCAUAUCGAUAUGGUAUAUAUAAUUUUAGGUUUGAAUAUGUAUACUGAUGAGUGUGUAUAUAGAUAUAUAUUUGCAAUAUGUAUUAUUCCAUGUAUAUUUAUACACACACAGCUGGAUAUUGCGAGCAGCCUGGCGAAGCAGAGCACAGGAGGCCUAACCUUGCCAUCUGGGUGCAGCUCCGUGACCGAUAGCGCGUCACGGGCCGACAUGCGUUGUGCAAGACCAAAGCCGGCACGGCGUGCCUGCUGGGGGGGGAAGGCUUCUGCCGGGACGUCCUGGUCCCGCGGUUCCACCCAGCGGGGCGUGGGUACGGUGGGUGACACCGGAGCGACGGCUCGUCCCGUGCUCCCGCUGCUGCCCCCCCCCCCCCCCCCAGCUUCCUCGGGGAGAGGGGGGGCCUGUUCUGCCCGGCCAGCGCUUACGACGCGAUCCCUUCGGCUGAUGCUGAAUGACGCUCCGACGGCGGCGCGUUUGUCUCCGGCUGGCGGGAUUGAUGGUGGGAGAAAUACCCUCCUUUGGAUGGGGGGGGCCGGUGGGGGCCCGCGCCGUCAGCGCAUCGGGCGGCUGCUCUGGGGCGUCCGGGGUCAGGAUUUGGCCCGGGGGGGGGAGCACAGCUGUAGGGCCUGCGACCCGGGGAAGAUGAAGCGUAACCGGCCCGGAGCGGCGGCGAGGUGAUCCAGGAGCAGCUGAAAGCUGGGGGGGGGGGUCUGGGGGGGGGGGGGGUGCUUGUGUGGCUCGCUGCAGGCUCGCCGUGCUGGCCGCGGGGGGGGGCGGCUGCUCGCGGUCCCUCUGCACGCCGGGGCAGAUCCGCGGUUGGGUUCAGGGGUUUGAGUGGCUUUGCUGUCCCGGAGGGGCGGGGUCCGCGCUAGAGUUGUGUCCACCGGCUUCGGAUCCGAGUUUAGGCCAGACAGUCUGUUGAAGGAGAGUGAUCAAGGAACGGGACUGUAGUUUAUUCAAGCUUGACCCAUAUUCUAACAAAAUUUUUACCCCUGCAAAUGUAAUUUAUUACUUCAUCUCUCAAGUCAUAACAGUUACGGCAGAAAAAAAAAUCUCAGUUAUUCAUCGGGAUAAUAUGUCCUCAGCAAAGCCUGGUAGGAAUUUCAUCAGCGUCCCAAGGCUUUGCUGCCCUUACUGCUUUGUAGAGAGCUGCAGCUAGCGAGCAGAAUGGAACACCAGCGGGUGCACGAAUU